GAGAGAGAUAUGGGGAAAAGAGUAGGAGGAGGAGGAGAAGAUAAAGAAGGGGUGGUGAUGGCUGGGGACUUCUUCUGGUCAUACACUGAUGAACCCCAUGCCUCACGACGUCGUCAGAUCCUCUCCAAAUACCCUCAAAUCAAAGAACUCUUUGGCCCUGAUCACUCUGCUUUCUUCAAGAUUUCUCUAGUUGUUUUGCUUCAGCUUGGUACUGGUAUUUUACUUAAGGAUGCAAGCUGGCUGAAGAUAUUACUAACAGCCUACUUUUUUGGCUCAUUUCUCAACCACAAUCUCUUCUUGGCUAUCCAUGAGCUCAGUCACAAUCUGGCUUUCUCAACACCAGUCUUUAACCGUUGGCUAGGGAUUUUGGCUAACCUCCCCAUUGGUGUACCCAUGUCUGUAACUUUCCAAAAGUAUCACUUGGAGCACCACCGUUUCCAAGGUGUAGAUGGCAUGGAUAUGGAUGUCCCUAGUCACACUGAAGCACGUCUUGUGACAAACAUUCUUACAAAAACCAUAUGGGUCUUUUUGCAGCUCUUCUUUUAUGCCCUUAGACCUCUGUUUCUUAAACCAAAGCCUCCUGGUGUUUGGGAAUUCAUCAACUUCUCUAUUCAGAUAGCCCUUGAUGUUGCAAUGGUUUAUUUUUGGGGCUGGAAAUCCCUUGCAUAUCUGAUACUUUCCACAUUUGUUGGUGGAGGGAUGCAUCCAAUGGCUGGUCAUUUCAUUUCAGAGCACUAUGUCUUCAAUCCUGAGCAAGAGACAUAUUCUUACUAUGGACCUCUGAAUCUUGUGACUUGGCAUGUGGGCUACCAUAAUGAACACCAUGACUUUCCAAGAAUUCCAGGAAAUAAGCUUCACAAGGUGAAGGAGAUUGCUCCAGAGUAUUAUGAUGAUUUAGCAUGCUAUAAAUCUUGGAGCCAGGUCAUUUACAUGUAUGUUAUGGAUCGAACAAUUGGACCUUUUAGCCGAAUGAAGAGAAAGCCAAGCAAAACUGAAUAGAUGUUUCCAUACACAUCAUUCGUUUUUCUUUCUCCCUUGUGAUGUCUCUCCACCUUCCUGGAUUUUCUUUAUGAAUCUCACUUUUGACAAUUUUUAUGUGUAACAGAAGAAUGCUUUCUAGU